AUGUAUUGGGAGACUACCGUGAAGCAGAAAAGGGAAGAUCGUGAUGGUGCCAUCCAAAGCUGCGAGGCUCAGCUCUCCGCCGUUGGCGAUGAAAGCAUUGUCCCAGAACAUGCCGAUAUUUCCUCCCUUAUCGAAAAAUUGAGGACGGGGGAGAUAACAGCAGAGAAACUGGUCUCUGUUACGAUCCGCAGGGCCAUCGCUUCACACAAUGAGACAAACUGCCUCAGCGAACCUUUGUUCGAUAGUGCACUUGAACGCGCGAAAAGUCUCGAUGAGUACCUCCAGAAACACAAACAGCUCAUUGGUCCUCUCCAUGGCAUUCCGGUCUCGGUGAAAGACCAGUUCAACGUCGCUGGCGUCGAUACUACGCUAGGCUAUGUCGGCCGCUCAUUCAAGCCCGCCAGCGACAACGCCGUGAUGGUGAGCAUUCUGGAGAAGCUAGGUGCCGUCAUCAUAACGAAGACAGUUAUCCCCCAGAGCAUCAUGUAUGGCGAAACUGAAAGCCCACUUUGGGGACUGACUACAUAUCCUGGUAGACCAGAGCUUUCACCAGGUGGCUCAUCAGGUGGAGAGGCUACUCUGAUGCGAAUGUCUGGAUCACUUGGGGGCUGGGCAACUGACAUUGGCGGUUCAAUCCGCGUUCCAAGUCACCUAUGCGGCCUUUUUGGACUGAAGCCUUCGUCUGGUCGGUUCUCAUACUCCGGUGCAGCGAAUUCUCAUGAGGGACAGUCUCAUGUUCCUUCAUCAAUUGGUCCCAUGAGUCCAUCGCUCCCGAACCUCAUCACUUUGACCAAGGAAUGUCUGCUAGCAGAACCAUGGAAGCUUGAUCCGGGCGUCGUCCCGAUUCCAUGGCGACAGGCCGGUUUUGAGGGCGUGCAGAAGCGAAAACUCACCAUCGGCAUUAUCCUUGACGAUGGAGUCGUGCGACCUCAUCCAGAAAUCCAAGAAGCCGUCCGCCGUGCAGUGGCAAUCUUCGAAAAGGCAGGGCACAAAGUUAUUCCGUGGAGUACAGCAGACCACUCAAGCUGCAUCGAGAUCCAGGACCAGUUCUACCGUGCAGACGGUGGGGAGGAUAUCAAGACCGAAGUCGCUGUUGCAGGCGAGCCGAUGAUUGCGCAUGUCGAGGCGCUGGUCAACUCAUCCAAACCGAUAUCUGUGUAUGAAUACUGGCAACUCAACCGCCGAAAGACGGCAGCACAGGAGGCUUACAAUAGGAAAUGGACUACAACUGCUGGUCUCGAGGAUGGAGAAUGCGUCGACAUUAUAAUCAGUCCUGUAUCGCCUCAUACAGCUGUUCCGCAUAGGUCGAGCAGAUGGACUGGCUACUCCAAGAUAUGGAACUUUCUCGACUACACAGCCAUGUCGUUCCCAUUUGCAAAAUUUGGAAGCCCGGGAGAUCCAACAUCGUCUAGUAUAUAUGUCGCUGCGGCUGACGAAGCACGCCAGAGUUAUCUACAUGAUUAUGCGCCGCGCAACGCGAUUGAUGAGUGGAUACGGGGCCUCUACAAUCCUGAGGCGAUGCAAGGGCUUGAUAUUGGAGUGCAGAUCAUUGGAAGGAGGUAUGAAGAGGAAAAGGUGUUGGGCGUGGCGUCAUUGUUAGAAAAGCUCAUCCGAGCUUGA